CUUCCAGUGGUGAGUGCUGAGUUGCUGUGUGUGGCAGUGGGCUGACGCUGAACAUACAAGCUGCUAGGAACUUUUAUUAGUUCAGAGACAAGUAAAGCUCAGAUAACUGCAGGAGGGCUAGGAAACCAUUCACCACAGCGUUUUUUCUUUCUGCUUCAGGAGGAAGCUGAACUUGUUCCCAUUCUAUAGCCUAUGAAUCUGAGGCUAUCUCCUUAGGGAAGAUCCCGGCGGUCCUUUGGGGCGGCUCCUCAAUUAGUCCUUUGCCCUCAGGGAGACAGUGAGCCAGAUCAGACUUCCCACUUCCCGGAAAGGCUAGAGAGAAGAGUGUGUAUCCUGGGUCGGGGGAGUCCCUUUCCCCGCCCCUCCCCGCCCCGUGGCCGCGGCGUGGCUGAGCCCGGGGCGGAGCUGGCGUCUCCUCGAGCACUGGCGGCGGGACGACGGCCGCGGCCCAGAGCAGACUGGUGGGUAGACGCUGAGACCCGCCCGGCGGGGGUCACAGGCAGGAGGACGACCCGGCGCGCUGCGGUGUGGCCGCAGGGACAGAGACCCGGAGCUGUCCACUCAGACGGAGCGGGAAGACAGCAACUGAAGUGUACAGAGCUCUCAUUCAAGACAUUCAGAUCCCAAGCUGGCAUUUCUUUGGGAAGAAGUUGGGAGGCCAGGAUAAAUGAGAGGACCUUCUGUGUCUUCGAGCUUCUCCCAAGAGGUCAGGAGCUCUCUCUACUGUCUGCCUGCUGUAAUUAGAAGGGAGAACUCCUGUUCCAAACAUUUCUGGCAUCUUCAGGUCCCUGUGCCUAGACAUCCAACGUUACCUGCCCAGCCAUGGCCCUGUGUCUGAAGCAGGUGUUUGCUAAGGACAAGACUUUCCGGCCCCGGAAACGCUUCGAGCCUGGCACACAGCGCUUUGAGCUAUAUAAGAAGGCACAAGCUUCGCUCAAGUCCGGCCUGGACCUGCGGAGGGUGGUGAGGCUGCCACCUGGUGAGAGCAUCGAUGACUGGAUCGCUGUGCAUGUGGUGGACUUCUUUAAUCGUAUCAACCUCAUCUAUGGGACCAUGGCUGAGCACUGCAGUGAAACCAGCUGCCCAGUCAUGGCUGGUGGGCCCCGCUACGAGUACCGCUGGCAGGACGAGCGUCAGUACCGAAGGCCCGCCAAGCUCUCAGCGCCCCGCUAUAUGGCAUUGCUCAUGGACUGGAUCGAGGGUCUCAUCAAUGAUGAGGAUGUCUUUCCUACACGUGUUGGAGUUCCCUUCCCCAAGAACUUCCAGCAGGUCUGCACCAAGAUCCUGACGAGACUCUUCCGAGUCUUUGUCCACGUCUACAUCCACCACUUUGACAGCAUCCUCAGCAUGGGGGCGGAGGCACAUGUCAACACCUGCUAUAAGCACUUCUACUACUUCAUCCAGGAGUUCAGCCUGGUGGACCAGAGGGAACUAGAGCCGCUGAGGGAGAUGACAGAACGGAUCUGUCACUGAGUCCAGAUCUGGAUGUUGUUGCCUCUCAGGUGGACCAUCUGAACACAGCGCAGCUGGGAGAGGGGACCCUUAGGAGCCUGCUGGCAGAGAAAUGUGAAGGCCUACUGAAGAGCAGGCACCCUCUCUAGACCCAACACCUCUGGACUUCUCAGAAGUCUGUCUGUGUGUCCCAGAAUGCAUGGAGAAGGGAGGACUUCAGGUGGGCAAUAGAAGAAAAGGAGGAGUUUAGUCCCUCAUAUUAAGUCCAAGAGUAGGGUGAGGCAAACAGGUGUCUGUUCUGAUACUUCAUUUCCACCCUACCAUGACGGGUCCCAGAUCCAUCGGGGAAGAUGGAUGUGGCCGAAGUGAUGGCAAGAAAAUGAUAGAGUGAGUGCCUGUACCUGAGCAUGCAGGUGUGUGUGUGUGUGUGUGUGUGUGUGUGUGUGUGUGUGUGUGUGAGAGAGAGAGAGAGAGAGAGAGAGAGAGAGAGAGAUUGGUUGUGGGAUUUGUCUGAGAGAUCCAAGUCCUUCCAGACACAUAGUAGGCCCUCAUGAUGGAUGGAUGGAUGGAUGGAUGGAUGGAUGGAUGGAUGGAUGGAUGGAUGGACAGGUUGACUGUAAGUCCAUGACCAUUAUAGGAGUAAUGACAGCUUAGUGACCCAACCCUGACCGUGUGUACAAGUGUACAAAAUGUGUGUGUGGAUGGAAUUAUACCUCUGAAUCUUCUAGACUGCCAUCUCCUACCAACAUGAGUCCCUGGCAUUUGAGUGGAGGUUAGACAAUGCAGCUUUGCCCUGAGUUCAUUAGAUCUCUGACCUACCACCAUGUGGCUGAUUUGCUCAGCCAAGGAUGUCUAUGAAUUGUCAAUUCACUCAUCUCUGCCUCCAGAAGGGCCUGCUAUCAUUAAGCCUCUGAGCCGGGCGGUGGUGGCUCACACCUUUAUUCCCAGCACUUAGGAGGCAGAGGCAGGUUGGAUCUCAGAGUUCGAGGCCAGCCUGAUCUACAGAGUGAGUUCAAGGACAACCAGGGCUACAUAGAGAAACCCUGUCUCAAAAACAAACAAAAAAGCCCAAAUGGUAAGCCUCUCGAGGGUUGGGAUUGAUCCCUCAGGGUCCCAUGGAUUUUAAACUUGGACACAAGAUACUUCGAUCUCAAACCCAGAACCUACUGACAUGACUUAAGGCCAGCACAAAAUAGCCCUCCAGACCAGGAAGCCACUGGAACUUGAAUUGGAGAAUCCAGAGUCUUUUCUUCUAUCUCAGGAACUGAGGAUCAUGUAGCUGAUGGAGACCUUCCCAUCCUAAAAACACCUGCCUCAGCCCAACCUCCUGAUACAUUCAAGGCUUCUUGAAUUCCAAGCACAUCUAUCUGAGGGGCUGGGAUCCUCACUCAGUAGCCAUUACUCAGUAUCUCCAUGCUGAGCCUUAUACACAGACUCACAGGUAGGGGGACUGGCAGAAAUAGGUUUUGCCCUUUCAGAGCCUGUAUCCCCAAAGGCCAGGAUGGGAAUAAGAAGUCACACAAGAAUAUUGUCACUGUCUCUCAGCUUGCAUCAGAGGAAACUGAAACCCGUUAAAACUCCAAGGCUCUUCUUGACUUCUACUCUCAGGCCUUCUGAUUGUGACACCAAGAUGCACGUGCAAAGAGAAGUCGUCAGACACUCUCCGGGACACAACUGUUUCUGCUUUGAGUAACGAUUUCUAGCCUGCUGCCAGGAAGCCCUGCCACACCCUGCGUUUGGCUAGAGUUGGAUGCUGAGGCAAACCUCCAAAACCAGGCCCCUUCUUAUGUCUGAGGAACUGCCUUGCCUUCCAGAGAGACAACUGGGGCUCUCUAGGGCAACAGGACCUGGAAUGUCCCCAAGGGAAACAUGCUGGCCUGCAGCCUUGGCAGUGUCUCAGAACUGAGGACAGUAGGAGAUUCCCCCACGAUGGGCUGCAGAAUAUAUUCUGAAAUCUAGGCUGUGAAAAGGGACCAUAGGGGUGGGGAGGGAAAUCUAUUUUUGUGAAAGAGGAAAGAUUUUGCUAUUUUUUGGUAAAAUAAAAGAUACAAACUAAA